AUGAACUGCGAACACGCAAAGGAUCUAACCCCUUCCCCUCUGCAUACCCCCAACGUAAGCAGUACCACAUCCACUGUACGGUCAAAGAGCAAGGCAAGCAGCAUCGAAAGUCAGGCCAAACGGAGACAAGCUUUGGAACUACAAUGGUUAGAGGAGGAAAAGGAGUUGGAACGACGAUAUUUAGAACUCAAGUACAAGAUUCUGUUAGAGGGCGGUAGCGACUGCUCGUCGAUUGUUAGUGAACCCCAAUCAGUAUCAAUGUCGAAGGUGAAGAAGUGGAUAGACGACACGGAUGGAUACGGCGAGAAGGUUGACUGCGGAUCUGAAGCCGAGGAACUAGAGAAACGUCCACCGAGGAACUCGACUGCGUCUAUAGAGCACCAUGCUCCAGUUCCAGAUCAGCAGCGUGCGACUCAAGUUAAUAUCCAACUCCGACGACCCCCACAACGUGUUUCCGGCCAACAAGAGACUCGGCCAAUCUUCGGCAGCUCCCAUAUGCGACAAUCAGUCGCUCUCGCACCGGAGGCUGGAUCAUGGGUCGAAGCGAAUGCGUUUGUACCAGGUCAGCGUUCCACCCCCGUUGGACGAUCAUCCCUCCCAGCGCAUGGGCUCAGUGACGACACGGCUUGUGUGUUGAAUCGAAGUCAAAUCGCCGCACGCCAGGCAGUUUCGAAGGAUUUGCCGGACUUCAGUGGUAAUCCGGAAGAUUGGUCGCUGUUCUUCUCGAUGUUUAACUCGUCGACUCAGAUGUGCGGAUUCUCCAAUGAGGAAAAUAUGUUACGGUUGCGUAAGUGCUUGAAAGGAAGAGCAUUGGAAGCAGUAAGAUGUCGCCUGCUCCACCCAUCGAACGUUGCGGGAGUCCUUUCAACUCUCAAGAUGCUCUAUGGACGCCCGGAAGCAAUCGUGCAGGCGGUUAUCAAGAAGAUACGAUCAUUGCCGUCACCGAGCAUAGAGAAGUUGGAGACAGUGGUGAACUUCGCGCUGACAGUUGAGAAUUUGGUCGCUACCAUUCAAGCGUGUGAGGUUAGUGACUUCGUCUACAAUGCAUCGCUGCGAUACGAGUUAGUAGGGAGGUUGCCACCAACGUUGAAGCUGAGCUGGGCCAGGUUCUCAAGGAACAACCCCACUCCGAACCUAUUGGAUUUCAGUACGUGGCUGUACGAGACAGCAGAGGAUGUUCACUCGGAAAUAGACUCUAAGGAUUCGAAAACAGCCAACUCUCCACAGCAACCAAUCAUCGUUGACAUCAAGAAGUGUGUGGCGUGCAAAGGGGAUUGUACGAUGCUGGCCAAAUGCAAACAGUUCGUGGCCUUAAGCUACGAUUCGAAGUGGGCGACAGUAAGAACUUACAAACUUUGUCGCAAAUGCCUGCGUAAGCACAACGGGUCAUGUAAACAAGAAAAACCAUGCGGAACAAACGGCUGUACAUAUCUGCACCAUCCUCUGCUUCACAGUUACGAAAACCCUCGAUCUCCUACAGCAGCCGCCGUUUACGAGAAAAGCUGCAACGUGCACCAAGUGCAGUCGGAGAUCUUGUUCAGAGUAGUUCCGGUCACUUUAUACGGUCCAUCGAAGGCAAUUCGAACCUACGCAUUCCUGGACGACGGCUCAGAACUCACGCUUCUAGAACAGAGUUUAGCAGACGAGCUCGGGUUGAAGGGACCAAAGAAUCCACUGUGCCUGAAGUGGACAGGCGAAACCACCAAGAUCGAAAACAAGUCACAAAACGUUAGUCUUCAAAUCUCCAGCGUAACGAACCCGAUCAAAAGGUAUGACCUAUCCAGUGUACGAACGAUUGGAAACUUGCAGAUCCGACCACAGACUCUCCUUACCGCGGAGUUGAAGCAGAGAUACCAGCACCUCAUGGGACUACCGAUUGAGUCGUAUAACGAGGCCAAUCCGCGAAUCCUAAUCGGUCUGGAUAAUGCCAGUCUCGGAUAUGCAAUGAAGAGUCGCGAAGGACAGUUAAAUGAGCCGAUUGCAAUCAAAACACGUCUCGGCUGGAUUGUUUUCGGCAGUUGUGUGGGAGAGAAGAAUGCAGGGCACUACGUAAACUAUCAUGCGCUACAGAUUUGCCAGUGCAACAGAGAGACCAGUGAAGAUCUUCACGAACUCGUCAAAGGUUAUUUUGCCCUCGACAGCUUGGGCAUAUCUAAGCAAAGUAAACUACUUCUGUCACACGAGGACCAACGAGCACAGUCAAUGCUGGAAUCACUCACUCGGCCCGUAGACAGCCGUUUCGAAUCCGGGCUUCUAUGGAAGUACGAUUCGGUCCGACUUCCGGAUAGUGCAGCGAUGGCACUGCGAAGAUGGCGAUGCCUAGAUAACCGCAUGAAGAAGGAUCCACUUCUGGCGGGAGAAUUGAACGCGAAAAUCCAGGAUCAUAUCAACAAAGGCUACAUUCGCAAGUUGUCCGCGGAAGAGCUGGAAGUAAACCGCUCACGAGUUUGGUACCUUCCGAUAUUUCCAAUCGUCAAUCCGAACAAGCCGGGCAAAACGAGACUCGUAUGGGAUGCAGCUGCCACCGCCUUUGGAGUUUCACUCAACUCAGUUCUGUUAAAAGGCCCAGACCAACUGUCAUCUCUUCUAUCUGUUCUGAUCCAGUUCCGGGAGUUUCGGACAGCGGUAUGCGGCGACAUCCGUGAGAUGUACCACCAAGUAAGGAUGCGGGAGGACGACCAGCAUUGCCAACGCUUCUUCUGGAAGGCCUGCGAGACAGAUAUCGACCCUAGCGUCUACGUAGUGCAGGUAAUGACGUUCGGCGCAUGCUGCUCGCCGAGUACGGCACAAUACGUAAAAAAUUACAAUGCAAAGAGAUUCGAACAAGAACACCCAGAAGCAGUUCACGCAAUCGUAAAGCAACACUACGUUGACGAUAUGCUUCUGAGUGUGGAAUCUGAGGAGGAAGCAAUACAAGUGGUUCGAGAAGUACAGACAGUGCACAGAUCAGCAGGCUUCGAAAUGCGGAACUGGAUCUCCAACUCACCCAAAGUUGUGGCAGCUAUGAGCGAAACAGGCUCCGAUGAGAAAAGCCUCAGUAUCGGCGACAAACACGUGUCAGAACGGGUUCUCGGAAUGUGGUGGAACACCUCAACAGACUGCUUCACAUAUAAAAUGUCACCGCGGUACGAGCAGCUACUGAUCAGUGGGCAGCGACGACCGACAAAACGCGAAGUGCUUCGGACGUUAAUGAUGAUAUUCGAUCCCUUAGGACUCAUAGCACACUUCCUAAUGCAACUAAAAUCCUUGCUGCAAGAAAUCUGGAGAACUUCAGUCGGCUGGGAUGACCCCCUCGAUGAGUCGUUGUUUCAAAAGUGGUUGUCAUGGCUGACAGUGUUGCCGCAGGUAUCGUCUAUCGAAAUACCUCGAUGCUACCGAACACUCACAUCCGCGACGGACGGAACGGUGGUACAACUGCACACGUUCGUCGACGCAAGCGAGAACGGUUUCGCAGCUGCAGUAUAUUUGCGUUUUCAGGAAGGAGAAACCAUCGAAUGCAGACUGGCCGGAGCAAAGACGAGAGUCGCGCCGCUAAAGUUUCUCUCCAUUCCGAAGUCCGAACUGCAAGCCGCCGUGAUAGGCGUGAGAUUAGCGGGAACCAUUGCCAAAUCGCUAUCCGUCAAAAUCAAUCAACGUUUCUUCUGGACUGACUCCAGAGAUGUCCUCUGCUGGCUCAACUCGGAUCACCGUCGGUAUAGCCAAUUCGUGGCCUUCCGUGUUAGCGAGAUCCUGGAAACGACGAACGUCAACGAAUGGCAGUGGGUGCCAACGAAGCUGAACGUGGCAGACGAGGGAACCAAAUGGACACGAGCUCCAGAUAUGACUGCCUCUAGUCGAUGGUUUUGCGGUCCCAAUUUUCUCUGGCAACCGAAGAAAGCAUGGCCUGUUUCCCCGCACUCAUUUGGAUCGACUAAAGAGGAGUUACGGCCUCAUCUUCUGCUUCAUACCAUGCCGUUGGACCCAGUGGUUCAGCCACAUGAUUUCUCGGAAUGGUCUUCUCUACUGCGCCGAAUGGCUUAUGUGACCCGUUUCGUGGACAACCUGAGGCAAGCUAAGAUGAAAAAACCAAGGCAGAGUGGCCCUCUGACUCGUGACGAGCUAAGAAAAGCGGAAAAUUACCUGUUUCGUCUUGCACAGCGCAGUGCGUAUCCCGAUGAGAUAGCAGUCCUGAAUGAACCGUUAUCAACCACCCAGCAACGCAAGUUUAUAAAAAACAACAGUUCGCUAAGCAAGAUGUGCGCCUUUCUUGACAGGAACGGCGUUCUAAGGGCCCGCGGCCGAACCCAAGAAUGUAAAUUCACAGAUUACGACGCCGCUAAUCCGGUUAUUCUUCCACGGAAUCACCACAUCACUAGGCUUAUCGUGUCCAACGCACACAAGCAGUUUAACCACCAGAACCAUGAGACGAUCAUCAACGAGCUUCGCCAGCGAUUCCGCAGUCCACGUCUGAAGGCAACGUACCGUGCGAUCCGGAAAGAGUGCCAACAGUGUAAAAAUAACCAGGCUGCCCCGCAACCACCUGCGAUGGCCGAUCUACCACUCGCUCGCCUGGCUGCCUUUUCUCGACCAUUUACGUACAUGGGGAUAGACUAUUUUGGCCCAAUGACGGUAUCCGUCGGACGACGCACAGAGAAACGUUGGGGGGUACUGGCAACAUGUCUUACCAUUCGCGCCGUACACUUAGAACUCGCUCACACACUGACGACAGAUUCCUGUAUGAUGGCUAUACGGAACAUCUUUGCUAGAAGGGGAGUUCCGGCAGUGAUCUACAGCGACCGUGGCACAAACUUCCAGGGCGCCAGUAAGGAGCUGCAGCUAGCGCUACAGGAACUCGACGACGACCGGCUGAUGCGGGAGUUCACUACGGCUCGAACGGAAUGGACUUUCAAUCCGCCAGCCUCUCCCCACAUGGGGGGAGCUUGGGAGCGUCUGGUUCAGUCCGUGAAACGGAACCUAACUGUGCUGCAAUCGAAUGCUACGCCAACUCACGAGGUGCUCCAGAACGCGUUGGUGGAAGUUGAGAACGUUCUCAACUCGCGGCCACUCACUAGCGUCCCGCUGGAGGAUGACGAAUCUCCAGUGCUGACGCCCAACCACUUUCUGCUGGGUACUCAAAAUGGCCUACAACCGUGGGUGCCGUUCGACGACAGCUCUGCAGCUCUACGAAACAGCUGGCAACGUUCGCAGACCAUGGCUAACCGAUUCUGGAAGCUGUGGGUUAGAGACUAUCUUCCAACACUAACUCGGAAACCGAAGUGGCUCACACCAGUAAAACCCAUUGCAGUCGGCGACGUCGUCAUCAUCGUGGACCCAAACCUACGGCGGAACUGCUGGCCGAAGGGUCGAGUUAUCUGUGUCAAACCUGGUGCAGAUGGACAAGUGAGAUGGGCGACGGUGCAGACAGCCAACGGAAUCUACGAGAGACCUGCCGUUAAACUCGCUGUCCUGGACGUAGGCGUUGAGGUGAAUGCUCUUCAGGAAGACCCUAACCGCAUUCCGGGGGGAGUGUUAAUAGCGCCAUACAGUUCAGCGAGCCCCUCGGCGCCCAUACAGCAAAUCAACAUCAACAAACCGCGCCCUUCGCCUUCUCGAGGGAUUGGCACGAAUAUCGGUCACGGACAAGACAGUCAGAUAGGAAGAAAGAAAAAAGUCAAGUCAUUCGGUAAAAAGUAGCGUAAGCUAGAACACAUUUUCACAAUUGUUAUAAAUUAACCCAAUUCUCAAGUUAAAUAAUUGUUCCCAUUUCUAACUAAAUCUACCCUAACUGUACUGUGCUACGGUACGGACAGAGUUAGUGCGGGUAGGAAACAGUACGGAUACAAUUGAUACGGAGAAACAGUACGGAUCGAAGACUGUGCGAACAAUACCAUUAGGAGCACAUUUAAAUUACAACUUAAAUAGACUUCGAAACCGAACAGGUCAUUAAGGUUAGUAGUCCAAGCUAGCUUAUUUGAUUACCGUGAAUCUCUAAUACUAUUAUACUUAAAUGCUAGGACACAGACUGAUUACUGUACGGGUACGAUUUAGACAGCUCUGUACGGCAGCGAAAACAUAAGAAUUUGUACUUAUACCCUAAAACUUAAUCCUAACACAAGAUUAUCCUCCAUGCAGGAAUUUAUAAUCCACCCUUGAUUCACAACGAAUAAAGAAGAUUCAUAGAUUUGCUAGUUUUCACUGCUGUCCGGCAACAAUAACUAAAUUAGUGAAUUAGUCUGCUGACUAACAAUUGAUAUAUUUUACGUCAGAUUCAGCAACGAAAGUCGGUAGAGUCAAGUCGAUGAUAACCUGCAAAUUUUCUUAGUUGGAAUUGUUACGAUAAUCACCUGCUUAGGAUACAAACUGUUAGAAACGGACGAGUUAUCUUCAAUAAUUUCGUCCAUAUAUGCUCUGCAAAUAGGCCUUUAGUUGUAAACAUAGCCUGUAAUAUAUUUUACUGUCCGUAUAGAUUACAUGUUUCUUGCACAACAAGAUUGUCUGCAACUUUGAUUUGAUUCGUAACCAUAGCAUUUUGUCGACGCGUUCUAAAAAUUAUCGACGCCUAUUAACGAGGGGACAGCAAAAUCAUACUAUUAUUGAGUUCACCGGUUCACGGUUGCUGAACCAUCUUUUGUUAAUGGUUUGUAUGGGACCUAGUAAUCUUGAGUUUAUCUUUGGUUGCGAUUCAAACUUUAAACGCGUUUUUCUCGAAAUCAAUGCACUGUCACUUAGUCCGGUCUGACCUAACACCGACCAAUUGAUCCAGUACAAACGUUAAUGUUUUCUGCACGAAAAGCUCAUAUCUAUAGUUUAGCAUAUUCAUUCAUCUAUCCAAUAUCCAUAACUCAAAAUUACUCAAUUCGGCAGUAUAUUUCUUUAGAUAUCGCCAUUUGAAGUUCGAAGGUACGAAUAAUUCUUAUGAUUUGAAUUGAACAGAAAUCCUCGACAUCACUUAAAUCCUCGGCACGUUAAAAUUUAAUUUUUCAUCCGAUUAUUGUACACUUUUGAAAUAAUUUUAUUCAAAUUGAGCGAAAAAUAAAAUAUUUACGAAAGAAUUACAAGACAUUUAUUUUUUGGGGUUUUGUCACUCGUCGAGCCAUUGUGCGGUCUAGCACCAGGUAAAAACAAAAACGCUGCUAUUAGUGUUCGAUUCUUUUUUCAGGUGAUACUAAGUAAGUCUGGGAGUAUAAUGUAAUGCCAAUUUCGUUUUUAGAUCAGAGUCGUUCUAGGUUCAAUCGAUACUAUCAUUUUUAUAUGCAUUUUGUAAACAUUAGAGCGAACCUAGAGCGGGUCUAACUAGAACUCGAAUGUAACACCGAGAUCAGCAUAGGUUUUCGAUUUAGUUCCAUUAGUUUUUCGCUCUUGUUUUAUGUGGAAAAAUGAAUUUAUUAGCUUGUCGAGAGCCUACUGCGUCACGUCAGUCGUUUAGUAGUUGUUCUCUUACCCAAGCUAAAACUUCUAGUUUGAUGGCUCAGAUGAACAUGCAAACAUGUUUGAUGCACCACACCUUGCUAAUUCAUCAACCACUUCGUUACUGACGAUUCCUUGGUGACAAGGUACCCGAAUAUCAUUUUCCCGUUGAUAUCGCUUCUUCAAUUUUUGGUCCGUAGACUCCCGAGCCAGGCAGCCGACUAACAACUUGCUAGGUGUUCCUAGGAAGACUUAACCUGGA